CUCCUUCCAUCCCUCCUCCUUUUCAGAGUCCUUAAAACCGGGAGAAAUGGGAUGCCGCAUUUCCAAAGUCCAGGCUAGUUUGGUUUGCAAGUAGCAAAUUCCUGUUCCACACCGGCUCUGCCAGCUAAAAGUGGGGGCUGAUUCUGCCAUCCUUGAUCCUCAAACUACGUCGAGCGCUGCUAGAAAAUCUUAGCAUAAUUCCCGUCCCAGGGUGCAGAGCACCUGGGAAGCUAACUGCCUUUUCAUAGUCUCAUCUCACCUCAGUUUACUCCAUAUCCCCUAAUUUCGCCCCCUGGACUGUGGUGGGGACGAAUUUCAAACUCUAUGGAGCAAGUUAAAAUAUAAUCUCCACCUUGCAGCCUUUGAGAAUGAGACUGUCAGGAAUAUAGAGGUCUGAUAGCGUUCUCUCUUCGACGCAGCUGAGCCUUGAUUGUAACCAGAGCUACAGUCAUUUCCUCAGCUCCUUACUCCUCAGACGUUGCCGGAAGCAGAGCCUACCCACAGGUCAGUAGUAUCUUUGAGAAGUUUGGGAAGCCUUUACCUUCUUGUUUUACCAGUUUUUGCAGAUGGGUGUGUGAAGGGUGGAGGAAGGACUAGGGAAUGCACCGAUUGGGAGAUAGAGGGAAGAGGGGCAGUCCAUGCCUAGAUCCCCCUCGGGGCUUUCUUUUUCUGGAGGUACCGUUAUACUGAUGUUUUGGGAACGUUUCUCCGAAGACACACCUGUCCCUUUCUCUUCCCCUACCCUAAAAGUAAAAAGGGAGUGACUAGAAGGGGUUGAGGGGAGUUCGACGGGAAGAAGAACAAUGCAGGGUAGAUGCUGGUGGAAUUCAAUAUCUUCCCACAAGCAGCAUCCUUAGCAGAGCGUGUGAGGGAAACGGAGCCAAAUCUGUCCUGACGAAAUUAAUCACAACCUCCUCCUUCCCCUCUAGUUAUAGUUGUUUACAUCAGGUAUGGGUUGGUCUAUCCUGACUUAAUUCCACCAGGUGCUCUGAGCCUCUUUGCUCUCUCUCCCCAAACUGUCCGUCCCCGCUCCCCGCCCCUUCAUCACUCUUAAUACCCAUGGAUCGUAUCUCCCCCACAGCAUGGCAACAAGCCGAAGUAGCGAAGAAACCUGGCUGCCCGGUCUUCUGUCCACACAGCAGACCACCCUCCUGCUUCUCUUCUCCGUGCUAGCCGUUGUCCACUUGGGCCAGUGGCUUCUACGGCGUGUCCGUCGAACCCCAUGGGCUAGCUGCCGCCCCCCUGGUCCAUUCCAGUGGCCCCUGAUCGGAAACGCGGUGGAGGUGGGCAGCAUCCCUCAUCUCUCCUUCACUCGCUUGGCCCGCCGCUACGGCGACGUUUUCCAGAUCCGUCUGGGCAACUGCCCGGUUGUGGUGCUGAAUGGCGAGCGCGCCAUUCGUCAGGCCUUGUUACAACAGGGUGCUGCCUUCGCUAGCCGCCCACCGUUCGCCUCCUUCCAGGUGGUGUCCAACGGCCGCAGCUUGGCUUUCAACAAAUAUUCAGAGCUCUGGAAGGUGCAACGGCGGGUGGCGCACGGCACAGUGCGCGCAUUCUCCACUGGACAAGUCCGCAGCCGCCAGGUCUUGGAGCAGCACGUGCUGAGCGAGACGCGGGAGCUGGUGGAAUUGCUGGUGCAAGGUAGCGCCGGGGGUGCCUUCCUGAACCCCGGGCCCCUCACUGUGGUGGCCGUGGCCAAUGUGAUGAGUGCCGUGUGCUUCGGCUGCCGCUACAGCCAUAGCGACGAAGAGUUCCGUGAGCUGCUGAGCCACAACGAGCGCUUCGGUCGCACGGUGGGGGCCGGCAGCUUGGUGGAUGUACUGCCCUGGCUUCAGCGCUUCCCCAAUCCCGUGCGCACUGCUUUCCGCGACUUCCAGAAGCUUAACCAAGACUUCUACAGCUUCGUUCUCGACAAGUUCCUGAAACAUAAGAGCAGCCUGCAGCCCGGAGCCCCACCUCGGGACAUGAUGGACGCCUUCAUCCACACAGUGGGGAAGGAAGAAGAGAACCCUGGAGAAGUAAAGCCUGGGCUGCGCCUGGACACCGAGUACGUGCCAGCCACAGUCACAGAUAUUUUCGGGGCCAGUCAGGACACGCUUUCCACUGCACUACAGUGGCUUCUCAUCUUAUUCAUAAGGUAUCCCAAAGUGCAGGCCCAGGUACAGGAAGAAUUGGAUAGAGUGGUGGGGCGUGAUCGAUUGCCCUCCUUGAAUGAUCAGCCUCAUCUUCCUUAUGUCAUGGCUUUUCUGUAUGAAGCCAUGCGCUUCAGUAGCUUUGUGCCUGUUACCAUCCCACAUGCCACCACCAUUGACACCUCAGUCAUGGGCUAUCACAUUCCCAAAGAUACAGUGGUGUUUAUCAACCAGUGGUCAGUUAAUCAUGACCCAGAGAAGUGGCAGAACCCAGAAGACUUCAAUCCAGCCCGAUUCCUGGACAAAAAAGGAUUCAUUGACAAAGACUUGGCUAGUGGGGUCAUGAUAUUCUCGAUGGGCAAACGUAGGUGCAUUGGGGAAGAGCUGUCCAAAAUACAGCUGUUUCUCUUCAUUGCCAUUCUAGCACACCAGUGCAAUUUCCUUGCCAAUCCAGAUGAGGAUCCAGAAAUGAAUUUUAGUUACGGGCUAACCAUUAAACCACAGUCAUUCACAAUUAAUGUCACAUUGAGAGAAUCUAUGGAGCUACUUGAUAGUACUGUUCAAAGACUACAAGAGGAAAACAACCAGUGAAUAGUGAGCAAAAGAGUGAUGAACUCAAUGUUGAAAAAACAAAUGAGUCUAACAGUGUCUUAGUCUCUUUCUGCCAUCACCAUAUGUUCCUGUGAACCUUUUUGAUGGAAACCACCAACAAGUAUUUCUUCAGUGCCUGAAAUGUAGUUCAUAGAAGUGGAUCCUGGUGAGCCAAUGCAUUUGACAGAGUAGCUCAUGAAACUACAAGUUACUUGCAAGAUUUUAUGGUUACAGAAUAGAGGGGAUGAAAAACUUUUAGAAAUAUACUAUAGCCUCACUAUAACAUUGUUCUUUGAUGAAACCUUUUAUAGUUAAAAAAAAAAACCCAAACAAACCCAAACCUCCUUUUGGUAUUAGUAAUGGUACACAUCUUGGGUAGGUUCCCAAGAGGCAUCUGAUUUAUGCAGAGUUCUGCUGUGGAGCAAACAGCAAUACAGCAGAGUCCUGGGGUAUAUUAUUGAACAUUCAAAACCAAAUAUAGAAAUUUGAAGGUAAAAGAAGAAAAUGAGGCCAAAAAGGAGACUGUUGGUUUACUCUUCAUCUCAAUGAAGGCAUUAAAGAUUUCUGUCUAAAUAGGCGCAAGUAUUAAAGAUGAUGAUUUGUCUUUGAUGAAAUGUAGUUUGAGGAAUAAUAUAGGAUAUAAAAUCAUUUAUGUAAAAAGUAAAUGGGGAGGAUUUUGAGCUUAUAGCCAGUUUCAGUGCUUUAUAAUGAAUUUUGAAACACUCUAUAAUAUUCUAAGCUAGAUACUUGCUUUCUGAUUUCCAAAAGUUAAUAUAUUUACAAAUAUAGGAAAAAUCAUGAAUUUAUUUCCAGUCACAACUAAAAUUCAAAUGUAUGGCAGAACAUACUCAUUCUGUUUUGAAAGGAUAAAUAAGAUUAGUGUCUCACGAUACAUGAAACCUGCAAUAGGCAUUGCAAUUCAUUAAAAUUAAAAAUACUAUUAGUGAAAAGAAAUUAUUUUAAGUAAUGAAAAUUAAUUAAAAUGAUUUCUUACAAAAAAAAAGUUAAAAAUGGAGUAGCCACCUGGUUGUUUGCAAAGAUACCAAAUAGACAAUUUAAAUGAACUGCAUUGUUAAAACUACCACAAGUAAAUUAUGCCAGUUCUCAUUUAGAAUUCUUUUUUGGUUUCAAGUUAUAUUCAUUGUUCCUCCAGCUGUUUAAUGAAAUAUUUUUAUAUUCUUAACCCAAACUGAAUUGAUUAAAUUUUUUAAAGUCUAAAUGAUUUUCAACAUUUUUCACAUUUUAUUGGGAAUCUGAAUUUUUUUUUUUUAGAAUCUAAGUUUUCAGCUACAGUUGGUGAAAAUUUUGAUUUUUUGGUUGUAGAAGGAUGAGGAAAUUAAGACUUUUAAAAUAUGAUACAAAACAUCUGUAUGAAUGAUAAAAGUAAUCAUUUAUCUGAAUGCUCUUUGGUAUCCUAUAGAUAAAACCACACUUGGAACUUUGACCCAGAUGUUUUACUGUCCCUUACUGAUAUCCAUAUUGAUAUUUCCUAUAUUUGUCUCCUUUCAUAUUUCAAAUUAUAUUUUAAAAUAAUGAUUAUAACACAAAACACUUGUAAUAACAACAUCAGCAUAAUGAAAUACAUUUUCUUUGGAAAACAAAUGAUCCAUUGUGGAGGAGGAUUUGUUUGCCAAUUGGCAUCAUGGUAUAAAUGAUAAACAACUUUUUAAGAUAGUCAACUUCAUAUACAGUUUUAAAGGGGAGAUAUCACUCAUCUGCUUAUUUAGAUUCAGAAAAUAUUAGUUUAGUUAUGUUAAAAAAUUUUAACUGAUAAGCAAAAUUAUGGCUGCAUAGAUACUUCCCCCCCAAUAUGAGAAAACAGUUGCCUAAAAGUUCACUGUUGAUUUAAAACAAAAAUUUAAAAAUAAAUCAAGUGUACUUUUUGGGAAGUCACUGUUGAUAGAAUUACAGAGAUUUUUUAUGAGUGUUUUUGAGAAAGAGGAUUGGAAGAAAGAUGAAUAAUUCACAUAUUUUCCCCAUGCAUGUUAAAUUACUUUGCUUGAAGCAUAUAUUCAGAAAAAGAAUGCCCAGAGUGCCAGUUUUCAGUUCAGAAUUUGUGAUCCUCACAAGGACAGUAAUUUUAAAAAGCUUAAUAAUAAAAAUGGACACAGUCAUACUUAUUUUAUGCAAUUUUUCUUUAAAAGGUUGUUUGAAAGCCACCGAUGAGACAAACUUUAUGUUACUUCCUUUAUCAUAAUGGAGUAAUCUAACCAUAUUCAAGUAGUAUCAGAAAAUUUGUUCCAUUGCCAGCUCUUCCACUUGGACUUCCCAGAUGAGCUAUGGCAGAAUUUGGUAUAUAGAAAUCUGGAUAAGUCAUCAAGACAGCUUAACUGAAACAUUUGACUAUGCCAAAAUUAAUUUCUCUGUAUAUAGGUCCCAACGUUACCUGAUAAUAAAGCCUUCUUUAUUUAAUAUAAAAUGGAUACUUGUUAAAUCUCUGAUUAAUUUGGUUAGGAUAUUCAGACACAUUAAGUAAUUGACCGCUCUCUUUUCUCUAUGCACUUGUCUACCACAAGGAGAAAAAAAAGGAAAGACAGAAGAGGAAGAAAAAGAGAAAAAAAAGAAAGAAAGAAUCCCUUUCGUAGCCUGAAUUUUCCAGUUUGGUGAUUAAAUUGAUUGGACUAAAUGCCUAAUUAUUUAUAUACUUUUUCUUUUUAGUUAUUAUAGAUUCUAUCCAGAAUAUUUGUAAAUCAUCUAUCAAAGCAGAAUAUAUAUUUCAGAUAAUCAAUACAGCUAAAACAUAUCCAUAAAAUAAGUUGUUAUUUUUUUAAAUUUGAGUCUUGGACAUGUAAGAAGACUAUCUUUAAAAAUUACAAUGACAAUGUCUCAGAAUUGUCACAUGGAUUAUUGAAAAGUUUUCAUACCCCAGAACUUAGCCUUCACCUGUGAAAUUAUUUUACAAAGUUAAUAUUUUCAUGUUAGAUCUAUAUUAGAUCACUUAAUUAUAUAAGAUAAACUUCAUUUGUAUUUUUAUAAUUAUGAUGCAGUUGUGCAAGAGUCCUUGUUAUUUAGCCUCUGUUAUCUUUGGACCUUUUUCAAUAAGCUUUAAAUAUGUAUAUAAUCACCACUAAAUUGUAGCUGAAAGUGAUGCACAUUCAUUUUUGUGAUAUGAAGCAUGAAAGCAGUUCAAAUUACAUAUGUUACAUAUAUGUAUAUAAAUGCACAUAUGUACCUCUGUAAAAUCUUUUUUUACUUAUUUGAAGAUUUUUUUCCGCAUCCUCAAUGAUUUAGAAUGCCUGUAAUCACGUAAUGCUGUUACCAAAAAUUUAAAUAAAAAUUUUUUACAAUUGUC